CCCUUUAACGCCAUUCUCUCCAUCGAUUACAAAACAUAUAUUCCUCCUGGAUCUGAAAUAUAUAAUGGCAUCUUCAUCAUUCUCGAAAUCCAUUAUCUUUUUCCUUGUUCUCAAUCUUCUAUUUUUCUCCCUUGUUUCCGCUUGUGGGGAAUGCGGAACUGGUACCACCCCUAAUCCCAAGCCCAAGCCCAAGCCCAAUCCUGGACACAGUAAACCUUACCCCGGUAGUGGUGGUUACUCAGGCAGAGGUGGAGGUGGAAGCAGAGGUGGAGGGGGAGGGGGAGGUGGAGGUGGAGGGGGAAGCGGAGGUGGAGGGGGAUCAGGUGGAUCAUCAUCUGGGGCAUGUCCAAUAGAUGCCCUUAAGUUGGGUGUGUGUGCAAAUGUGUUAGGUGGUUUGCUAAACAUAAACCUAGGUACACCUCCAAGGACACCUUGUUGCCCCUUAAUUGAAGGGCUUAUCGAUGUGGAGGCAGCUGUAUGCCUUUGCACUGCAAUUAGGGCUAACAUAUUGGGGAUCAACCUCAACAUCCCCCUCUCACUUAGCUUGCUACUCAACUACUGCGGUACAACUGUCCCUCGAGGCUUCCAGUGUCCCUAAUUACAUCGAUGGUGAACGUACAUGCCAUUACAUAUAUCCACGAUUCUUAAACUAUAUAUGAGGUUUAGCUUGCAAUUGAUGGACUAUAUAUAAUAUAUUUGACAUCAAAAUAAUAAGUGCAUGCAUGAAUCAUGAUGUUGUUCAAUGGUUAACUUCUUGUUUCCAUUUCACAUGCUCGAUCCAAACGUACGUACGUAUUAUAUAUUUUACCAAUUAAUUGUUGUUAUUUAUUAGUGUCUACUUGUAUCUCUAAGUUGUUUGAUCUCUUCUACUAGUACUAGUACUAGUACGUUCGUAUAUAUUGCGUAGUACAAAUUGAAAUAUGUAUAUGUGAGAUCGACCGAAUCAGACAUUUCACUUUAUCUUAUUUGUGUUUAAAUACUA